AGGGUACACAUUCUCUGCUAACUGUCUGCCCAAAAAUGCCUUUUUCUUGCCAGUGCUGUGUUUUAUUGAGUCUGUCUAUUAUUAUUUCCUCAUCUUUUUCUGGCCUCCACACAGUGGUUGCUACAGUCCAACAACACAGCAGAAACCUUAGACUUUGAUUUGCACGAGCUGAAGCUCUUUGGCUUUAAAUAUAGACAUAGUAKGCAUACCUUUAUCAUUUAAGUCCAUGUUCUUAAUGGUGUCGUAUUAAACUCAGCCACAUGGUCUCUGGAAAGCAAUGUUGUCCUUUUUUCAUGUUUUUUUCCUUCUAGUUUUCUAAACAAAAUCAUGCUCAAAUAUUUAUUGCAUUUAUCUUCAUCUAGUUCAAAUGUUAUGUAUUAAAAUCUCYGAUUUUCACACGAUUGAAAUUGUCACAUAAAAUAGCUUUUCGCACAAUUUUAAAUAUAUUAUGUGGCUCAAAGGAAAUAAACCAUAGAUGUUUGUGCUCGGAGAAAGUUUCACUAAAGUCCACCCAGUGAUUCAUGGGGUGUUUCGCUAACAAACAAAUGAGAGAUCCUGAACAGUUAGCAUUUGGAGUAUACCUGAGGAUGAUUCUCAGCUACCACCGCACCAAAGUUUAGCACAAUGUCUGUAAAAGGGACCGAGUUAUGUGUUGGCUCUGAGCUGUGGCGGCCAUCUUGAAAUAAAUUCUAAAAGCUGAGUUGUAGAUGGAUCAAUUCRUUAAAAUAUAACAACCUGUUUCUGGAAAAACCUCAAACACACAUAGAGACAUGAUUCGAUUUUAAAUGCAACUUUGCAUUUCAUAAAGCUCCACGCAGUAAAAAUGCAUGAAUAAAACCAUAUUAUUCUACACCUUGCACUGAUUACACUGAAUUUAAAUGUGAAAAAUAAUUCAGUAGCAUUAUAUGUCUCCUUUAAAUCAAUUUUUAAAAAAUUGAUUUGAAUUAGCACAUUUAACAGCUGCUAAAGGUAAAUUGUAAGUUGGUAAAUUUUAUUUUAAACUAGAUCAGAUAUCUUAAAUAAUUUCACAAGUUGAUAUGAAAAUAAUGUGAACAAUUUUGUUCGUUAUUUUAUUUUAUUUUAUUAUUUAAGCAGACUUCUGUUGUUGGGCCGGUCGUGCACACUUUACAGCGCUGUUAAUGGGUUUAGAUGGAGCUUUGGGCGGUGGCCGGUGAAUGAAUAAUCAAAGCGUUUUGGAGGGUUUAGGUGGGCGGUGCUUGCUGUGUAUUUACAUUGGGCCCGCUCCGCCCUGCGAAGGAGGGGAGAGAUAGAAAAGUGUCUGCGGGCCGGAGGGAUGGAACAAGUGGAAGGAGAUGUUGCCGACAGGCACACGUUAAUUACUCCGCGACACGCACUGCACCUCUCCGGCUCUACCCUCCUCUCAGCGCGCCGUGGCAUCCUCCUCCCUUCUGCGUAACCAGGACGGGAGACGGCUCGGGCUGCUGCGUCGGAGCUUCAUGGCGGCGACACUGGCGAUGAGCGGCGGGCAGGAGGUCCCCUUCUAUCCGCUGCAGAAGGCGACCGGGUUCCCCCUGGAGGACUCGGUGCUGUUCGGCUUGGACUGCAAGAUCUCGGAUGCGACCAAGGCGGAGCAGCAUGACUACACGCAGGAAAAGUGUGAGAUGGACCGGUAUCUCUCCCCCCAGCCUCCUUCCUUUCCACCUCACGCGGACAGCCAGCAGAAGUCGCACAGAGACGGUACGUCUGCGGUGGAUCAGUUCUUCGGCGAUGACCACACGACGGCCCCCUACACCUUCAACAUGAAUAUUUACCUGCCCGACGUGGCCUACCCGAGGAUGGGUUCGUGUGAGCAGGCGCGGCCCCCUCAGCACCAGAGCCACGCUGGCCUCGUGCAAAUUAAAACUGAAAUGGCCUCCUCGUGCUUCUCCCCCGACCUGCAGCGCCACUGCCCCAUCGGUGCGAGCAGCUGCGGCACAUCUGGGCACGGGCCCGGCGGCGUUGCGAUGGAAGCCUCGGCUAUAAACAUGACGUUAACGGGGUUACCGGACUUCACCAGUGUUUUCAACCAGUCAGGAGGGGGCCGCGGCGACGACUCGCUGCCAGACGUCUUCAUCAAACAGGAAAUGUCGUCGCCGUACGAGCAGCACGACCUGCACCACGACGGCAGCGGCUCCCUGUUCCAGCUCCUGAACUCGGGUCUAGAGCACCACACCGGCGGCGGCAUGGAGGUCCGACGGCAGCAGCACGCUCCCGCCACCGUCCACGCACCUUUCCACAAUCUGCCAGCGGCGCCUUCGUCUUCGGCCCAACAAGAGCAGAACGCCAAGGCGCCCUACUGCAGCCUGAGCGGCGGGGCGUACGCGCACCCCCACUUCCUGCAGCAGCCGGCGCCCUACCUGCCGCCGUCCCCGCCGAACUCCGAGCCGGGCAGCCCCGACCGGCGGAAGGAGCUGCUCCACACGAUGUCCCCGCCUCCUUCGUACGCGGCCACCAUCGCCUCCAAGCUGGCCGGCGCCACCCCGGGGCUCGGGCCGGGUCCGGGACCCGGCGGGUUCGCCCUGCCCGUCACCGCGGGUCCCACGCCGGUCCGCGGCCCCGCUGCCGUUCUUCCUCAAGUUUCCACAGCAGCCGCGGUGCAGAACCCCGUGCCCGUCCGCUACAAUCGGAGGAACAAUCCCGACUUGGAGAAACGCCGGAUCCACCACUGUGAUUACCCAGGUUGUAAGAAGGUCUACACCAAGUCGUCCCAUCUGAAAGCCCACCUCAGGACUCAUACGGGUGAGAAGCCCUACAGGUGCACGUGGGACAGCUGCGACUGGCGCUUCGCUCGUUCGGACGAGCUGACGCGUCACUACCGGAAACACACGGGCGCCAAACCCUUCCAGUGCGCCGUCUGCUCCCGCUCCUUCUCCCGGUCCGACCACCUCGCCCUGCACAUGAAGAGACACCAGAACUAGUGGCAGCGUUUUGCACACACACACACACACACCCACACACACACCCACACACACACACGUUUUGACGGUACAUCAUACAAGCCUCGUCUUGACCCCGGUUCAAGCUGAAGCUGUGCGGUGCAGAGCGGCGUUCGCUGACAUCACAGCUCUUCCUGGAGCUGCUGUCUCAUGCUACAACACUACGAUAGCCUAACAACUAUGUUGCUCUUCACUCAAACUGGGACAAUUAGGAGGUUGUAACAUAGGAAGAUAGUGGCCAAAGUUUGGUCUAAUAACCUUCAAGUACACUUGGCUUCGAUUUCUUUGGACAAAACGCAAAGAAAACAUGCCAUAACAAAGAAAAUGGUAGCUCCUACAUGUGUUUCCAGACUGUUUGGACUCUCAGAUAACUGAAAUGAAAGCAUUAGAACAAAAUCAUCUGUCUUUGUUGUAAUGUAGAACUUCUUAAAAACAAAACAAAAAAAUCUUUGUUUACUCAUCGGUGUGUUUGUUUAUGUAACUGCAUAAUCCAGAUAUAUGAUUUAUUUUCAACCAAAUUCUUACAUUUGCACUAGAAUUGAUUAACUUCCUUUUUUCUUUUUUUUUUAAUCUCGUGCACCACUGGAACGACCAUUAUCACUACUGGACUGGCUCUCUGUGAAUGCCAUGCAAGUCAUUUCUGUUCUGAUUAUUAAAAAUUGAAAGCAUUUAUUCUCACGAGACACGGAAGAUGAAGCAGGGAAAAAAAGAGGGAGAGACUGAAAGUCUUUUUUUUUUUCAUUUUAUAGAGAGAUCUCCGGUUGACUGAGUAAUAUAGGGACAUGGACGGAUAGCAAGAGCAGCAAUUAGGUGAUCAAUUAUUUAGUCCGUCUUUUCGAUGGUCUUCUACCCAGAAACAUGUAAGCAGAACGGAUCUUAGAGAUCAUCCAAUUAAAACAGAAGCAACUCUACUAGAUGCACAACCUGAGUUAAGUGUCUCCAAAUGAAAUUUAUGUGCAGAUGUGCCAUCUAAUGUUUUACUUCCUUUUUUUAAAAAACAUUUUAACCAAAGCAUCAUCUUCGUUGUUAUCACCUUAUGAAGUGCCUCCUUCUCUGGUUAAUGUGUUUCUGUGUUUGUGGUAAUUAGAGCUGUGAUUAGUGUAGGCGGCUCUGUUUUAAACACACAUGGUGCUGUUUUUGUUUGGAUUCAGAAUCUCUGGUCUCAGUUUGGGGGGUUGGCGUCUCAGUAAUGCCCCCCUAAUGCUGACCAUCUCCAUUGUAAUAUAACAGCUCAGUUCUGACCACUUCGCAGACAUCCUGACAUCGUGUGCAAAAUUUGUACAAAGUGACUAGUUUGUCCUUUUUUGAUGUAAAGGUACUCAUUGCAAUAUCAUGAAGACUGGUCAUCAUAUAGUAAAAAAAAAAUCUGCAAAUAAUUUUCUCACAUUCAUGGUUAUAUGCAGAUACUAAAUUACCAUGUUUGUUUACCUAUAGAAAGAGGCGAAAUGACUGAAAACARCAAAGAGGUAUGUUGACUAGAAGUGCUUUCACUUGACUUUUCAUGGUURGAGAGAGCGGCCAUAUUGUUCAGGGCAAGGACAUCUCAACAAACAGUAUUAUUAGUUGGUAAAGCUGAAUGUGGUAACCGUGACACAUUAAAUUAAGGACAUCAGUGAAACUCUGUUUGCGUUUGACAACCAUUUUUUUAAUUUAAUAGAAACACUUGUCAGUAUAUAUAGAAGCUAACCAAUGGAAAACAAAUGUUUUUAUGCAAUUCUAUGCAGAAAUUUAACCAUGAUAAAUUGUUUACAUUGACAACCCACCCUUCUAAUAUGGUGUGGUCAAUCUCCUGAAGCAUGUGCAGUGCCUCUAGUCAGUAUACCUCAUUGGAAACCAGGUCAUCGUCCAUAAAAGAUCUCUUAUUGUGUCGAGCUCUGCCUAUAUGGCGUUCCACCACCCUGCUCGAUUCCCAAUAUUUGUUCUUGACAUGUGUCUUGAGCUUUCUGUUUUCUGUCUAAUAGCAGAUUCACCUUUUUGUAUUUUCACCUAAAUGUCUUUGCUGCAGCAGUACAUUUAUACAAUUUCAUCAUUUUUGUGUACCUACACAGACUAUAGCCAGCCAGACUAUAGAUCAAUGAGCUGACUCAUCCAUUUCCACAAAUUCUGCUUUGUUUAUGCGGAAUGUGGACCCAUAUUUCUGGAAUACAUAAUAUAUCUGGGAAAACGAGUGAACUCUUUCAAGCUGCACCAUUUGAUAUAGUUCAGGAUUACCUUCUUUUUUAUGUUUGGUUUUAUAAUUUGCAAUGAGUACCUUUAACUCUGUAUGCAGAAACUCGGCUCUAUCAGUCCUUCAAACGUGGACAUGUGCUAUGUUAAAGGACAGGUUUGCUUUAUCUUUUAACUUUUGGACGUCAUUCUCCUUUUGGAUGAUUUUGUGUUUGUUUUUCCAGAGAACAAUCAUUUUAUCUCAUCACCUGCACUGAAAUUCCUCUUGGAAAAAUAUAAUAGAACACAUUAACAUUACUCUCAGUAGUAGCCUGAAAAUACUUUUGUUAUAUAUAUAAUUUUUGUUCUGUAACAAAAUCAAACUGAUCUCAAUCACAAACUCAACCUAUUAGGACAUUUGAGGCUUUUUUAAAAAGCACCCACCAAUCAGUGCACAUUUUAUUUAAAAAAUCGGACAGAAACAUUGAAUAAAAUUCAUAUCCUGUACAUUUUUGCUUGUGUCUGGUCUUAACAGGAAAUUGAACAAUGUCAUUAAGGAAUAACUUGUGAACCUGUCCUUUAAUGAGUGUUUGUUGGUGUGAUUUAGUCUGAAACUCUAACUGUAUUUGUUCAUUCACUGCAGGUAGCGUAAAAAAAUAAUACAGCACUGUAAUGUA